AUGGCAGAAGUGGCUCCAGCUCCCGCCGCGGCUCCGGCCAAGAAGAAGGCGUCCAAGCCGAAGAAGAGCGGCCCCAGCGUCAGCGAGCUGAUCGUCAAGGCCGUGGCCGCCUCUAAGGAGCGGAACGGCGUGUCUGCUGCCGCCCUGAAGAAGACUCUGGCUGCCGGAGGAUACGAUGUGGAUAAGAACAAAGCCCGCGUUAAGAUUGCCAUCAGAAGCCUGGUCACCAAAGGCACCCUGCUCCAAACUAAGGGAACCGGAGCCUCUGGCUCCUUCAAGAUGAGCAAGAAGGUGGAGAGCAAGGCCAAGAAGCCCGCUAAGAAAGCAGCCGCUCCUAAAGCCAAGAAGCCCGCUGCCGCCGCUAAGAAGCCCGCCGCAGCGGCCAAGAAGCCCAAGAAAGCGGCAGCAGCCAAGAAGCCUGCAGCCGCCAAGAAGGCAGCCAAGAGCCCCAAGAAGGUCACCAAGAAGGCUCCUGCAGCCAAAAAGUCUCCCGCUAAGAAAGCAGCCAAGCCUAAAGUCAAGAAGGCAGCAGCAGCCAAGAAGAAGUGAGCUCCAUCCUGCACACAUCAACAGCCCCACAAAGGCUCUUUUAAGAGCCAACACCUCCUUCUUUAAGAGCUUAUUCUGCCUUAUCACUAAAUGCACAUCAGCUUUUAUCUCCAGGAACAACAGGAACCUAACCAGAUAGUGAUCCCACAACAGCUCUGAUUACACUUCUUCUACAAGUUGAGCCAUUAUAAGGAUCUGAUGGAAUCAGUUUAUCUAUUUUGCCAUUUAAUAACAUAUUCCCAGCAAUGGAAUCUGUUUAGCUAGAUCUUUUCCAGAUUACGAAUAUCAUGAUCUAAGUUUAUGUUUUAUUUGUACUAAGUGUAAGUACAGAUUAAUUAUCUUUUUUAUUUUGCUCUACUAAAUCAACAUACAGCUGCGUUUAAACUAUGUACCCUAUAAGACUACAGAAUGCUAAGAUAUUAUUGUGCAAAAAUGUUAGGAAAUGUUCUACAAAGACUGAAACUUAACCAUGAGAAUUAUUUUCAUUUAGUGCCAAUACUAAAACCCUGUCUACCUGAGGUCUAUGGAGGACCAAAUCUGCCAUAUUUAAAAAAUAAAUACAGAAAUAAAUCAAUGCUCAAUAAAUAAAUAAGCAUACAAUU